AUGUCGGGCGACAAUCUUUCUCCGCCUACACUUCAGGUGAACACUCGCCUUCGUUCUGCUAGCAGGGCUGAGACCAUUGUAUCAACCACGUCCGAUCCGUUUAUAACGCCCGUGACACCAAUGGCUACCAGCAGUGCCUCGACAGUGGUUGAAGACCCUGAGGCGGCCUUGCGACCAGAUCCAGGAACAGAGGCCGCAUUCCAGGUCGACAAUAACCCCUUUGCCUUUUCACCUGGCCAGCUGAACAAGCUUUUCAACCCCAAGUCGCUUGCGGCCUUCCGGGCUUUGGGUGGCUUGGAGGGUGUCGCGACUGGGCUCCAGACAGACAUUCAUGCUGGACUCAACGCCGAUGAGACAUCAGCUCCUGGGUCUAUCUCAUUCCAAGAGGCUGUCAAACUUCAGUCUCCGUCCGUAAUCUGGCGCACACAAACAAGAUUAGCUCCAUCCGUCUCCGCAAACUCAUUCGAGGAUCGCGCUCGCGUGUACAAUCGCAAUGUGCUUCCAGCAAAAAAGGCCGCGCCCUUCUGGAUGCUCAUGUGGAACAACUACAACGACAAAGUCCUGAUUCUUCUCACCGUCGCAGCCACCAUUUCUCUGGCCCUAGGGCUUUACGAGACUUUCGGUGUGGACCACCCGCCCGGCUCACCAACACCGGUUGAGUGGGUUGAAGGCGUCGCCAUUUGUGUCGCCAUCGCCAUUGUCGUCCUGGUUGGGGCGGUUAACGACUGGCAAAGAGAAAGAGCCUUUGUCCGGCUAAACGCUAAGAAGGAAGAUCGCGAAGUCAAAGUCACGCGAUCAGGCAAGUCCUUCAUGAUCAAUGUACACGACGUGCUUGUUGGAGAUGUUCUCCACCUUGAACCUGGCGAUCUCGUUCCUGUUGAUGGCAUCUUUAUUGAUGGCCACGGCCUCAAGUGUGAUGAGUCGUCCGCAACUGGUGAGUCUGAUGCCAUCAGGAAGACCGGCGGUAUUGCGGUUUACAGAGCCAUGGAGUCUGGGCAAGCCCCGAAAAACCUCGACCCGUUCAUCAUCUCGGGUGCCAAAGUUCUAGAAGGUGUCGGUACCUUUUUGUGUACUUCCGUUGGCGUCAAUAGCAGCUUUGGAAAGAUUAUGAUGUCUGUUCGUACCGAGACCGAGGACACUCCCCUCCAAAAGAAGCUCGGGGGCCUUGCAAUGGCCAUUGCCGAGCUCGGUACCACCGCAGCCAGUCUACUCUUUUUCGUUCUUCUUUUCCGAUUCGUUGCUGGGCUGAAAAAUGAUGAUCGGCCUGCAACGGAAAAGGCCUCUUCGUUCAUGGACAUCCUUAUCGUGGCCGUCACAAUCAUUGUGGUCGCCGUGCCCGAAGGGCUCCCAUUGGCCGUCACUCUAGCCUUGGCGUUUGCGACAACGAGAAUGUUGAAGGAGAACAAUCUUGUCCGAAUUCUUCGCUCUUGCGAAACGAUGGGCAAUGCUACGGCCAUCUGCUCUGACAAGACCGGUACUUUGACCACCAACAAGAUGACUGUCGUCGCUGGCUCUUUUGGCUCAACCCGCUUUGCCGAUUCGGUCCCCCAAGACGCACCUGAGCAGUCAGCCUCGGCUUGGGCAUCCAAAGUCACCCCAAUCGCCAAGGAGGCUAUCAUUCAAGCAGUUGCCAUCAACUCGACAGCAUUCGAGGCCGACGAUAACGGACAGAUCGUCUUCCUUGGAUCCAAAACGGAGACGGCUCUCCUCGAACUCGCUAAGAAUCACCUUGGCCUCCAAUCUCUUGCCGAAGUCCGGGCCAAUGACCAUGUGGUUCAGAUGUUUCCCUUUGACUCGAACCGCAAAUGCAUGGGAGCUGUGAUCAAACUUCGAUCCGGUAAAUACCGUCUCCUGGUUAAGGGAGCCUCUGAAAUUGUUCUUGAUCACUGCUCCACAAAGGCCGAUUUUGAGACUAUGACAGAGGAACCUCUCGCCGAAGCCGACACACAGUCUCUUCGAUCAACUAUCGAUCAGUACGCCAGCAGAUCCCUCCGCACUAUCGGACUUGUGUACAAGGACUUCGCUUCUUGGCCCCCCUCAUCUCUCAAUACCAGCAGCAGUGGCGGUGUCGAAUUUACUUCCUUGCUCCAGGAUCUCGUCUUUCUCGGGGUUGUUGGCAUCCAGGAUCCUGUUCGUCCAGGUGUGCCAGAGGCUGUCCGAAAGGCUCAACGUGCCGGGGUCGUUGUUCGGAUGGUCACCGGAGAUAACUCCCGAACUGCCCAGGCUAUUGCUACCGAAUGUGGUAUCUUAACGGACGGAGUAGUUCUCGAAGGACCUGAGUUCCGCAGACUAAGCGAAGCUGAGAUGGACGCAGUUCUCCCGAGGCUUCAAAUCUUAGCGCGAUCUUCUCCUGAGGAUAAGAGAAUUCUUGUUUCACGCCUUAAGGCAUUAGGCGAAACUGUUGCUGUGACCGGAGACGGUACCAAUGAUGCCCCUGCUCUCAAGGCCGCCGACGUCGGGUUCUCUAUGGGUAUUUCUGGCACGGAAGUCGCUAAGGAAGCUUCUUCUAUUAUUCUCAUGGAUGAUAACUUUACCUCUAUUGUUACUGCUCUGAAAUGGGGGCGGGCUGUGAACGAUGCCGUUCAAAAGUUUCUGCAGUUCCAGCUUACUGUUAACAUCACGGCUGUCCUAUUGGCAUUCAUCACUGCUGUGUAUGAUAAGCACAUGGAAUCUGUGCUCAAGGCAGUUCAACUUCUUUGGGUCAAUCUCAUCAUGGACACAUUCGCAGCGUUAGCCUUAGCGACAGACCCUCCGACCGAGGAAAUUCUAAAUCGCCCUCCUCAAGGCAAGAAAAAGCCUCUGAUCACUAUGACAAUGUGGAAGAUGAUCAUAGGCCAGGCUAUAUACCAGCUGGUUGUGACUUUCACGCUAUACUUCGCCGGUGGCCAGAUCCUUAACUACGAUCUGAGCGAUGAUCAACAAAAGCUCGAGCUUGAUACUAUUAUCUUUAAUACUUUUGUGUGGAUGCAGAUCUUCAACGAAUUUAACAACCGUCGCCUCGACAACAAAUUCAACAUCUUCCAAGGCAUCCAACGCAACCCAUUCUUCAUCAUUAUUACUUGCCUCAUGGUUGGCCUCCAGGUUGCCAUCAUCUUUGUUGGAUCCAGGGCCUUCCAGAUCAACCUUGAUGGUCUCAACGGUAGUCAAUGGGCCAUCUCGGUAGUCACGGCUAUCUUCUGUCUUCCUUGGGCUAUAGCGGUGCGACUCUUCCCUGACCCCUGGUUUGCCAAGAUCGUUGGUGUUGUUGGUGGACCAUUCGUGAUUGUUUAUGGCUUCUUCGCAAAGAGAUGGUCCAAGCUGAAGGGGGUCUUUUCUCGGAAGAAGAGUACAGAGAAUGACGCUGAAGCGGGUAUCACACCCACAGUCGUGGUGUCCGGUUCCGACUUGGGUGGUAAGGAGCUGAAGUGA